CACCACUUAUUGCUACUACUGCUACCCACAGGGUAUUUAAUGUGGCAGAGACAGAUACAACAAACCCCGCAUUGCUUCGGAUCUUAGGGCAUCAAUUUUGCCCCUGAUCUACAGGUUCAACAAAUAGUACCGUAUAGUCUCUUCCCACGCAGAUCAUAUACCUAGGUACAUAUCGGUAUAAUAAAUACCUAACUUGUACAUAUCUUCAUCGCCUUCUGGGUUACGCCCCCUGCCGCAGAUACAUUGGCGAGCAUACCCUAGUUCAAGGGUCCUAGGUUUUCCUUAGAAACAUUCGACCUUUGUUCCUCUGUCGAGUUCCGCAACGCAAACUCUUGGUGAGGGGACAUUUCAAUAUGGCGACACCAACAGCUAUUGCUGUGAGCCUCCCACAGAUUGCUAAGAUGAUUGACCAUUCCUUAUUACACCCAACUAUGACCGACAAAGAAAUCCUUGCUGGACUCGAGCUAGCUAAAAGAUAUAAAGUCGCGGCUGCUUGUGUUAAACCAUAUAGUAUCCCCGUGGCAAAGGAUACCCUUGAAGGCUCCGGAGUGCUCAUAUGCGGCGUGAUCGGGUUUCCUCAUGGCAAUAGCACUACGUCCAUCAAAGUUCUUGAGGCGGAAGAAGCCGUCAAAGCAGGCGCACAUGAGGUUGAUAUGGUGGUGAAUAUUGGUAAGGUCCUUGGCGGCGAUUGGGAAUAUGUGACGAACGAGAUUCGUUCUAUCAACGAUACUGUCUCCAAGCGCGGCGCUGCCCUCAAGGUCAUAUUCGAAAAUGACUUCCUUCAAGACGACCACAUUACCCACCUUUGCAAGAUCUGUACUUCCCUCCCUGUCGCCUUUGUCAAAACAUCUACAGGCUUUGGGUUUGUGAAGCAGCCGGAUGGUUCACACACAUACACGGGCGUCACAAUACCCAACCUACAGUUAAUGAAGGCCAAUAUUGGACCAAAAGUUCAGAUAAAAGCUGCCGGUGGGAUUCGCACGUUAGACGAAGUUAUGGGGGCUUUAUCGUUGGGCGUUACAAGGAUUGGUACCUCGGCCACGACCGCCAUCAUCGAGGAAGCCGUCCGUAGGGGGAUUAACAUGCCUCCAGGUUUCGCAUUGGUAUCCCCAGUGGAUUCUCAUGGAUGAAAUCGCCAAAUUUUGAAAACAAAUGAAUGAGGAGAUAUACUCUCAACCUAUUGCUAUACGACGAGUCGAAUUCGCGCACUUUGAACCUUUCUAGGCGGUUUAUAAAGGGGCACUAAUAUCAGCAACAUGACGCCCCGACCGCAUAAACGACAGCUUAGGGAUAACGGGACAAACUCUCAGUAUACCCCUUGAGAGGAAACUAAAAUACGAUAUUACACGGAGACUUUUGAUAUGAUAUGGACUUUAAUACAGCAACAUCGGUCCUGUAUCUAGUAUUACUACUCCAAUAACUAUCUACGCUCGGUAUAAAAAAAUGACGGCUUCACCAAUACAACGGGGCCAAUUACUUAACUACAAAUAAUUGUAUGAACGAUGUUCAAUCACACAAGUCGUCAUGGGCCAAAAAUCUGAAUCGAAUUG